AUGCAACAUGUUGUAGAGUCGGUCUCUCCUGACUUGCCUGUGUACCAAAUUGACGACCCUUACGUGGUUUGGUACGAAAGGAUUACAAGGCGUUGUAUUAGCCGGGUUGGUGCUGGUAUUGAUGGAGCGACUCGUUGUUUCAAGACUCUCAAUCGUCCUGGGGUACCUGAGACCUAUCGAGCCGUUGGCUUGGCGGGACUUCAACACUUGUCAGUGUUGGAAAAGUUUUUGCGCCUUAAACCCCCAGACCACCAUUUUUUUGAGCAGCCGACAGCGGGUGGCGAGGAGUUGGCUCAGGGUAGAGAAGAAUCCACACAGCAGCCAGAAUCGCAGCACCAAGCGGCCAGUCAGGGUCAGGACGAGCCUCGUGUAGAAGGCCCUACUUGCCAGACCGAACCACCAGAUGCAACCCAACCACCACCAUCUAAUGUUGAAGACGUUGACGACGGACCUAUCAUACCUGAGGAAGUCCACGAUGACAUUACAGGCAUUGGAGCGUUUGAGAUGCAUAUUAGAGACAUUGACGAGGCCUCACGUAGCUCGGAGGAAGAUGUUGAUGCAGGAUUAGAGGUCGACGAAGGCGAAGAACAUCCAAUAGGGAUGUUCGAACAGCCACCCACCAUGAUGAUACAAGACACAUGGACCAACCUCGUCGACCUUAGUCCACCAAUGCCAACGAGUAGUCACGUUGGGUGGGACGGGAGGUCUGAGCUUUUCGAGGGACAGAUGUUCUUUUCGAAGCUUGAGGUUAAAAAUACAGUGAAGAAAUAUAGCAUGGACAAGAAUUAUGUGGCAAAGACAGAUCAGUCCACAACCUGUUUGUUGGUCUACAAAUGCGCAAACCAAAAUCCAUGUUCGUGGCGACUUCGAGCAAUAAGGAAGCCUGAUCAGGAUGUCUGGAAAAUUACGCGAUAUGCAGGACCCCACAGCUGCUUGGCUUUUAGUGUCACCACAGAUCAUCAGAUGCUCGACGCUCGUUACAUUGCCAAUAUGAUUAUGUCAACCGUGGAAGCAGACCCAAGUACAAAGGUCAAGGCUUUUCAAGCAAUGGUAAAAGAUAAGUGCGACGGUUAUUAUCCAUCGUAUGCAAAGACAUGGGCUGCAAAGCAAAUGGCUAUAGCAGCCAUUUACGGUGACUGGGAAGAAUCAUUCGCGGAACUCCCUCAAUACCUGGAAGCUAUUAAAGAGAGGAAUCCGGGUACUCAAACCCAUAUCAUAACAAAGGAGACGGGCAGGCCAGGACAUGUUAUAUUUGAUGCUGAGUUUUGGGCUUUCGGGCCCGCCAUUGAAGGAUUCAAGCAUUGUCGCCCUGUGAUUAGUGUUGAUGGUACUUUCUUGACAGGAAAAUACAAGGGAACGUUGCUUGUUGCUGUAAGUCAGGACGCUGAGAAUCAAAUCUUCCCUAUUGCAUUUGCUGUCGUCGAGAAGGAGAACAAGGAAUGUUGGGGGUGGUUUCUCGAUUGCAUAAGGUCUUAUGUUACUCAACGUCAAGGCUUAUGUCUCAUUUCAGACAGGCACACAGGCCUUCUUUCAUAUCUGAAAGAUGCUCCAGCAUGGAGACCCCCAUGGGCAUACCACAUAUACUGUGCCCGCCACUUGGGGGCAAACUACGUAUGGAAGUACAAUAAAAUUGUGGGCGACCAAGUAAAACUAGCAGCCUGUGAAAUACAAGUUAGAAAGUUUGAGAUUGAGAUGCAAAAACUUCAAAGGUUUUCCGACGGUGCAGUCAAUAAGGAUCUUGAGAAGCUACCCCUACGGAAGUGGUCCUAUGCACACGAUGGGGGUAUGCGAUACGGAUCGCGCACUACAAACCUGUUUGAGAGCUUUAAUGGAGUCCUUAAAGAAGUUCGACACCUCCCCAUAGUGGCUACAAUUAGGACGACAUUCUAUAAGUGUGUUACGUAUUUCAACGACUAUGCCGUCAAAGCAAGGGAGGGGAUCGAAUCAGGCAAAACAUUCAGCAAAUUCGCAACGGAAAAGUACGAUGAAUGGAGGAAGAAGGCAAGAAGGCACGAAGUGAUUGAGUUUGACAGAGAGAGAGGAAUUUACGAGGUGCGAACUCCAUUGAAUCCAACAAGUCCAUACAAAGGAAACCACAGGCACACAGUAGAUUUUAAUGCACAGACAUGCACUUGCAACAAGAUGCAACAAUGGCGAAUGCCGUGCUCGCAUGUGAUUGCAGUGUUUAAUAGAAUGGCCAUGGACCCUAGUCGAUUCUUUGGCAAUGUUUGGAGGCUUGCCUCACAUAUAGCCAUUUAUAGCUCUAAAACGUUUUUACCAUUGCGUGACAAACCGCAUUGGCCUCCCUAUGAAGGGCCACUAAUUUAUCCUGAUGAAGAACGUCUUAGGGGUCGAGGACGUCCACAAGUAAAUCGAUUUCGAAAUGAGAUGGAUAUGAUGGAUGAAUGGCUUGAGGGGCAACCAUCACAUAAACAAUCUUGUAGCUUGUGUGGUGGACAUGGGCAUAACAAGCGAAAAUGUUCAAAGAGGGGAGAAGCGUCAUCUUCAGCAGCAAAUAUAUAACUUGUAAUGUUUAAAACUAUGCAUCUGCUUAACUUUUCAAUUGCUAAAAUGGAUCUGUAAGUUGUAAUUUUCAGUUUUUAUUUUAUUUCAUGGAAGUUGUUAAUGAAGUAUUAUUGUUAGAACUAUGUAAUGCAAAGUUAUGAUGGUUAUUAAUUUUGUAGCGCUUGAGUGUUCGAUUGUUAAAUUGCCUAUUAAAAUAACAAAAUUAGUAUCACAUAAUUGUAGGGAAGUUAACAUUAUAAUAAGAAUAUAUGAAAUAAAUUUGAGAAACUUAACUAUAUUUAACAAGUGAUAAUUAGAAAUUUUAUUUUGAAUGCUGUACGAAUUUAUUAAGACUGAAAAAUGCAAUAGGAAAUAAAGGCUGAAAAAAGUUAUAUGAAGAUGGUUGAAAAAGCUGAA